AACAGCAAAGGAAGUGAAAGAGAAAGGAGGUCGUUGAAAAGCGAACAACAUGUAGGAAGUUAGAGUGACACCACACACCCGUGUUUCGGCUUUCUGAGACUGAGACGUGUUCACACAACCCGAGAGCGCUGUCAGUGCUGCACACACCUCACCUGUUCAUACACAGAACGUCAGUGUUUAGGUUUAAUUUUCAGCAUGAUGUUGUGGAGCCUGUUCUGUGCUGCGGUGUUUGGACCAGCAGCAGCCCUAAUAAGUUCAGACCUGGACCUGCACUGGCAGAUGUGGAAGAGCAAACAUGACAAAUCCUAUCAGGACCAGGCGGAUGACCUGCUACGACGGCAGAUUUGGGAGAAGAACCUCCGGCUGAUUGCACUUCACAAUUUGGAGGCAUCCAUGGGGAUGCACACAUAUGAUCUGAGCAUGAACCACCUGGGAGACAUGACCUCAGAAGAGAUUAUAGCAACCCUGACUGGGAUCCAUGUACCCUCAGAUCUCCAAAGGAAAUCAUCUGCAUUUGUGGGAUCCUCUGGAGCUGCUCUUCCAGAUUCCAUUGACUGGAGAGAAAAGGGUUAUGUUACUGCUGUGAAGAAUCAGGGGGCAUGUGGAUCUUGCUGGGCUUUUAGCGCUGCAGGGGCCUUGGAGGGGCAGCUGAUGAAAACCCAGGGGAAACUGGUUGACCUAAGUCCACAAAACCUGGUUGACUGUUCCUCCAAAUAUGGCAACAAAGGCUGUCAUGGAGGGUUCAUGACUCGGGCUUUCCACUAUGUCAUUGACAACAAAGGUAUCGACUCUGAUGCCUCCUACCCUUACACAGGACAUGAUGAUCAGUGCAAGUAUAAUGCAGCCAACCGUGCUGCUAACUGCACCAGUUAUCACUUUGUGUCUGAGGGUGAUGAAGAGGCACUAAAAGAGGCAGUGGCCACCAUUGGACCCAUUUCUGUGGCCAUUGAUGCCACCCAGCCAAAAUUUGCCUUCUACCGCAGUGGUAUCUACGAUGAUCCUGGCUGCACUCAGAAGGUAAAUCAUGGUGUGCUUGUAGUGGGUUAUGGCACACUGAAUGGCGUGGACUACUGGCUAGUGAAAAACAGCUGGGGACAAUAUUUUGGUGACCAGGGGUACAUUCGAAUGGCACGAAACAAGAAUGACCAGUGUGGCAUCGCCCUGUAUGCCUGCUACCCAGUCAUGUAAUGCUUUAACUCCUGAUAAGGCAGCAGUGACCUACUACAUUAUUCUAAGUGAUAUUUGUACCACUUUUAUCUGAACUCCUUUAUUAUGAGAUCUUUAUUGCACUUUAAAUCAAUAUUCAGGCCCCUACAUAGCAAAUGGUCCUACUUCCUGCACAUAUUACAUUAAUGUGUCAAUGAACAAUGCAUUUGCAUUGCAUUGGACUUACAGUUCUAUAUUUAAAAUAUCAUAAAAAGUCUAGAUUUCAGAUCUAUUCUUUUAUAUUUCAGAUUAUUGUUUAUUACUGAUUUCUUGAAAAAUUACUUUCAGCAGGAGUAAUACUUUCUGUAAUAUGGAGAGUUUCCUUUGAGCUUUUGUCUUUAAGAUAUAUCUGUGACAAAAGGGAUGGUUUCCUAAAAAUCU